ACUAGCGAGAGAGAGACAAAGUCGUUGAAGCAAAUGUUCCUGGAACAUUUAAAUCAGAAUCACAUUAAUUUAAUUCAUUACACAAGGUCAAAGCUUAUCCUUCACAUAAACAAAUACUUAGGUUUGGUUUCAGACUUGCUUGCACUGCAUAACAAAGCAAGCAGACAAGUCAUAUAUAUAUAAACACAGAGACAUUUACUCAAUGAAACAUAGGAAAAAAACAAAGAACCUGAAAAAGGGCUUUGAAUCUUGGUGUUAUGGAGAUCAAGGUUGAUGAAGAAGCAGGGAUCAGUGAAGCUCGUCGCAUGAUCCAAGAAGAAGAGGAAGUUCCACUUCUGGAGGAGGAUCGAAUUCUAAUCCAAACUCGAGAGUUUCCUGCAAUAGAAAGGAACACAUGGAUACAAAAGGCAAUAGGUCAAACUUUUCAAACCACAGCUCAUCUAGCUAACCUCUUACCAACAGGGACGGUUCUUGCAUACCAAAUCUUAUCACCAAUCUUCACAAACGCUGGAAGCUGCAGUUUAGCUAGCAGAUUCAUGACCGCAACGCUAGUUUUCAUCUGUGGAUUCUCUUGUUUCAUACUUAGUUUCACAGAUUCUUACAAGGACUUGAAUGGGAACUCUUGCUAUGGAUUUGCUACGUUCAAUGGCUUCUGGAUCAUUGACGGCUCAGCUACGCUUCCUCCAGAACGUGCCAUAACUUAUAAGCUGCGGUUUAUAGACUUUGCACAUGCUAUUAUGUCGUUUCUGGUGUUUGGAGCAGUGGUUAUGUUUGAUCAGAAUGCGGUCAAGUGUUUCAUCCCUGAACCAUCAGCUGAAGCAGCUGAGAUUCUCACAGCUUUGCCGGUAGGAAUAGGUGUGUUUUGUAGUAUGAUGUUUGCUACAUUUCCUACUACACGUCAUGGUAUCGGUUUCUCCAUCUCUGAUUAAUGAUGUCCUGAUUCAAUCAUUUCACAACUUUGGAUUCUGAACUUAUUCUUUGUUGUAUUUGAAUAGAGUAUCUCAAUGUUUUGUGUAAACUGUUCAUGGAAUAUUCAAAUCAAAAUC